UUGUUUUUCUAUCAACUUUUAAGUACAUUUGACCAACAAAAAAAAAAAAAAACAUGACGGAAAAAUUAUUCAACGAUCUUCGUGAAAUAGCCGAUGAACCGAAUGACGAUAUGACUGAAAUUGAAAAUUGUUAUUGUGUCAAUUGUGGCAAAGAUGGUACUACACGUAUGCUGUUGACAGAUAUUCCAUUUUUUCAUCAAGUAGUUGUCAUGUCAUUCGAAUGUUUACAUUGUAAUUAUCGUAAUAAUGAACUACAACCAGCUGCAAAAAUAGCCGAAAAAGGUGUCCGUUUUGAAUUGAUGGUAAUGGACGUGAAAGAUCUUAGCCGACAAUUGAUAAAAACCGAAUGGUCACGAGUGAAAAUUCCAGAAUUGGAUUUUGAAAUUAAACAACAAAAUGGUUUGAUUACAACUGUUGAAGGAAUCUUAGAACGUGCCAUUACUGGUUUGAAAUAUUCCCUUGAACAUAAUGAACAAAUCGAUAAUGAUCAACGAAACGCUAUGGUGGAUUUUAUCGAACGAAUGCACGGUCUACAAGAAACACGUGAACCAUUCACGUUGAUUAUUGAAGAUAUAAGUGGCAAUAGUUUUAUUGAAAAUUUCCUUGCACCUGAACCAGAUCCACGAUUAAAAGUAACGAAUUUUAUACGAACAAUCGACGAGGAUAAAUUACUUGGAAUCUAUGAAAAUAAUAUCGAUGACGACGGAACAGCCGAUAAUCUUAAAGAUGAAGUUUUACAAUUUCAAACAAAUUGUCCAAAUUGUAAUGCACCAUGUUUUACGAACAUGAAAUUGACGAAAAUACCACAUUUCAAAGAAAUAAUUAUAAUGGCCACCAAUUGUGAAAUAUGUGGUAGCCGUACUAAUGAGGUUAAAUCCGGUACUGGUAUCGGAUCUCAUGGUGUACGUAUUACCAUGAAAAUUCGUAAUGAAAAUGAUUUGAAAAAAGAAGUUAUACGUUCCGAUACAUGUAAUAUAUCGAUACCGGAAUUAUCAUUGACACUUCAUUCAUCUGGUUCUGGACGUUAUACAACCGUACAAGGAUUAGGUAUGAAUAUGAUCGAUGAUCUACGAAAAACAAAUCCAUUCAUUGAUGGUGAUUCAUCGCGUGAAGAAAUCCGUCAAAAAAUUGAUAGAUUAAAAACACGUCUAUCGGAUAUGUUAGACAUGACAAUCAUAUUGGAUGAUCCAUGUGGAAAUAGUUUCGUUGAACAAGCCGAUAAUGUUAAUGUUGAAUAUUAUGAACGUAGCUGGGAACAGAAUGAAGAAUUUGGUUUGAAUGAUAUGAAUACCAAUGAUAAUGAUACCAUUGUUGUUGGAACCAAAACAGAUGAUGAGAAAUGAAAAAUUCAUCAAACAAACAAAAAAAAGAAUUACAAUCGAAUUACAUCAGAACACAUUUGGUAACAUUAUUCAUUGAUGGCACCCUGUGUGUGUGUGUGUGUGUGUGUGUAAACAGCAUGCAUCCAAGGACAAGAUUGACGUGUUUGUGUUCGAAUUAAAAAUAAAAAGCCAACAAACAAAUGAACCGGAAUCGAUCCAUAUCCCAGAUAUUUUAUAACAUUUUCUCUAAAUCAAUUAUUGUAUUUUGAUUCGAUUUUUUUUUUGUUGUUGU